GCGAGGCGCGGGCAAAGCUGCGGAGGAGGGGCCGCUUCCCUCCCGGCCAGCUCGCUUUGGUUUGGGGGAACGGAGGAGCGUCGCCCCUUCUAGGCGCUCCGAGUUAGGGCCAGCGCAAGGGAGCCCCGAGGGGGGGGCGGGGAACAAACAGCCGCCCCUUUUUUCCGCCGGCGAGAGCGGCUGCCCCGGUGCGCCGCGCGUUGCUGCCUGCGGAGGGGAGGGGAGGGGAGGGUGCUCUCGGGUCGGGUGGACGCUGGGCUCCGGAAGAUGCGCGCUGGGCGUGCGAAAGCUGCCCGAAGGCGAGCGGCUCGCUCCGUAGUCAGCCCUGGGCUCCCGCGCGCACCUCUGGGCGUGUGAGUGCGGAGGGGGCCCCUUUGGCCUUGGACACGCGUCUGGAUUGCUGACCCCCCGAAAAGCCAGCUCCAGACCGCGCUGUAGAAAGACUUCCUAAUGCCUGCAGCCCGGGAGGAGCAUGAUGGAUUUGACUAAGAUGGGUACGAUUCAGCUCCAGAACUCCAGCCACGCCACGGGGCUCCUCCAGAAAGCCAACCAGAUGCGCCUGGCAGGGACCCUGUGCGACGUGGUGAUCCUGGUGGACAGCCAAGAGUUCCACGCCCACCGGACUGUCUUGGCCUGCACGAGCAAGAUGUUUGAGAUCCUGUUCCACCGCAACAGUCAGCAUUACACCUUGGACUUCCUCUCGCCGAAGACCUUCCAGCAGAUCCUGGAGUAUGCCUACACCGCCACCUUGCAGGCUAAAGUCGAAGACCUCGACGAUCUGCUCUACGCGGCAGAGAUCCUUGAGAUCGAGUACCUGGAGGAGCAGUGCUUGAAGAUCUUGGAGACCAUUCAGGCCUCGGAAGACAACGAUGCCGAGGUCAACAUGGCCGACGGCGGCACUGAAGACGAGGACGACCGGAAGUCCAAGUACAUUAAAAACAUCCUGGUCUCCAAGCAUUCCAGCGAAGAGAGCGGCUAUGCCAGCCUGGCCGGCCAGAGCCUGGUGGGGACAAUGGCGGAGCACAGCCCCUCUGUCUCCACCACCUUCGGCCUGGCGGCCAUGAGCCCCACCAAGGCCGCAGUGGACAGCCUGAUGAGCAUCGGCCAGUCGCUGCUGCAGGGGGCUCUGCCCCACCAUGCCCUCGAGGACUUGCACUCCGCCAAUGGCCGGUGCCCGGCCACGUCCGAGAUGAAGCCCGAAGCCAUGCAUGUGGAGGAGGCCCCCAGUCACGAGAGCCCAAGGAGGUCGGCGGAGCUGGGUGUUUCCGGCGGGGACAGAGCGGAGGAUAAAAGCAAGCAGGGGCCAGGCACCCCCACCAGAAGCAGCGUCAUCACGAGCGCCCGGGAGCUUCAUUACCCCCGGGAUGAAAGCGCGGAGCAGCCUGCCGAGGCGGUCCAAGGUGCCCCGGUCGGGCCAGAGCUGCUGGCCUCUCACGGGGAGAAGCCGAUGGGCAUCUACUCGGUGCUGCCGAACCACAAGAAUGACUCUCUGCUCGGCCUCCCGGCCUCCAUGGCACCCACGCUGCACGUGCAGCCGGCCCUGGCCGUCGCCAUGGACUUCGGCUCCUAUGGAGGGCUGCUCCCGCAGGGCUUCAUCCAGAGAGAGCUCUUUAGCAAACUCGGGGAACUGGCCGUGGGGAUAAAAACCGAAAACCGAACUGUCGGUGAACAGUGCAGUGUCUGUGGGGCAGAGCUGCCGGACCACGAGACGGUGGAACAGCACAGGAAACUGCACAGUGCAAUGAAGACAUACGGGUGUGAAUUGUGUGGAAAAAGAUUCCUUGACAGCCUCCGCCUUCGGAUGCACUUACUGGCUCAUUCAGCAGGUGCCAAAGCCUUCCUCUGUGAUCAUUGUGGUGCACAGUUCUCUAAAGAAGAUGCCCUGGAAACUCACAGGCAGACCCACACUGGCUCGGACAUGGCCGUCUUCUGCCUGCUUUGCGGGAAACGUUUCCAAACGCAGACAGCCCUGCAGCAGCACAUGGAGGUGCAUGCUGGCGUGCGAAGCUACAUCUGCAGUGAGUGCAACCGCACCUUCCCCAGCCACACGGCCCUCAAAAGGCACCUACGCUCCCACACAGGCGACCAUCCGUACGAGUGCGAAUUCUGCGGUAGCUGCUUCCGAGACGAGAGCACUUUGAAAGGACACAAGCGCAUCCACACUGGGGAGAAACCCUACGAGUGCAACGGCUGCGGCAAGAAGUUCAGCCUCAAGCAUCAGCUAGAGACCCACUACCGGGUCCACACAGGCGAGAAGCCAUUUGAGUGCAAACUCUGCCACCAGCGGUCCCGAGAUUACUCCGCCAUGAUAAAGCAUCUCAGGACCCACAACGGAGCCUCGCCGUACCAGUGCACCAUCUGCCUGGAAUACUGCCCCAGCCUUUCCGCCAUGCAGAAGCACAUGAAAGGCCACAAGCCAGAGGAGAUUCCAGCAGACUGGAGGAUAGAGAAGACCUAUCUCUACCUGUGCUACGUCUGAAGGGACAAAUGGAGAGAAGAAGCUGGAAAGGACUAGACAGAACCAACCCCCUGGAUUGCUCCCUCCCCUUUUCUUUUUCUCUCCCAAUUUUCUUCCUUUCUGCUUUCGGUUCUAUUCAUCCAGGAUUUGCUGGCCAUUUCUUUUCCAGCUUCCAUUGUCCUUCAAGUUGCCAGGAGUGAGUGGGGCAGGGAGAGAUCAGCAGGAGGGGGAAACCCCAUAGAGCUCCCUGAAAGAAUCCGCCAAGGAACAUCCCCCUGACCCAUCCCCAGCCCUGGCCAGCCGUGACGUUGUCUGGCGUGGUGGUCGUGGCCCCUGUGUGCCCGGUGGCUCUGGGCUCCAUCUGGCCCUCAGUGCUCCGUGGGGGAUGGUCGAUUUCUCUCUGUCAUAGUGUAAGCUGAGGUCCAAUCAGCCCCCUGCAUUGCUGCCUUGGUUUCCCAAGGGUUCUUGGGAAUUGUAGUGUUGUGAGGAUUCUCUGUUGGAUUCCUUUUGUGUUGCUCCAAUGCCAGUCCCCAACAUGUCCACAGUCCUCCUGGAAGUGACAGGUGUCCCAUUCCCCCCCUCCCCCCCUCCUGCCAAGCAGGAUGCAGUUUUCUGCACAGGCAUCCUGCAAAUUCCUCCAAGUUUUCACCCUCUUUUCCUCACUGGUUCCUUUGAGAGGUGACUUAGCUGCCAAAUCCAAGCACAUCUUUGGGAGAGAUGGAACAUUUGGAGAGCAGGAUACCCAUGAAGUUCUGUGGUGCCACAGAGGAUGCUGGGGGGAAGGUACCAGGUGCCUUGGAGCAUCCUAGAUCCUACCUGGCCACUGCUUGAGAAGAUGAAGGAAGUGUAGAGUGUGUCCUGGGGGUCUGAAGGCUCUCUGCUAUGGAAGAGCAGUAGAAUUCAUGUGCACCCACAGCGCCAAACCUUUUCCCAUAGAUUCUACCGACCAAGUUUUGGCCUUUGCAACUCAAACGCUGGGGGUUGCUGCCUCAAAGAGCAUGACCCUGGAUGCCCUCGGAAUUUGCCUCCAGAUAUUCCCCGUGAGCUGCAACCCUUUCUUCUGACCAAAGACCAUUCUAUGCAUUUAUUUUUAUUUAUUUAUUUUUGAAGCGAGAGGGGAGAGGGAUGCAGAGGAGAGAGGCAGCAUAAGUUUGCACAUUUGCUACUGUGAAUGGCCAACCUUUUCUGAGCAGGGGAGAAAUCAAAACGACAAGGCUCAGGGGAAACCCAGCAGCUGCUAGAGAGGCCCCGAUCCCGCCUUCUGAGGCUUUGGGGAGCUCCGCGAAGCUCUCUGUUCUCAAGCACUUCCCCAUUGACUUCCAUGGGGGUGAAAGGGCUAUGCUUUCUCCUAGUCAACAGCCACUGUCCAAGUCCCUCCUCUGUUUAACUGCAAGACAAAGUCCAUGGAAGUCUCAGCUUCACUCACAUUUAGCUGGAGAGAAUCUGGGCAUAGAUGGAUGGACACAAACACAAUUCAAUUGUGGUUCAAUUAUUCAUGAUCUUGGGCUGUCUGAAGAGUCUUACCUUCUGUAGCUGAUAAUGGCCACCUGGGUUUGAUGUGUGUCAAGGUUGUAGUGCAGUGCAAUGUGGAGGACCCUUUGCAGUCUUGGCUUCUGCCUUCUUGGCCCAUGGACCUCUCUCCCCAAAAGGUUCACCCUGGGUCUUCCUUCUGCCCAGGACUAAUGGCCUGAUAUCUGCAGAGCCAAUGUGGGGAUGGGUAGCAAAAAAGGCAAGGCUGGCUUGGCCUUGUGCUUUUUCUGCUCUUCAUGCAGUAAUUGGCAGCCAGAUAAAUUGGCCUGGUAGGUUUGACCCAAAGUGGAGAGUCCUGGCAUGGCCCUACUUCCUCUUACGGGAAGGCUGAGGACAGCUCCAAGCGGUGUAGAAGCAAAUGCUCUCUCUGUGCAUGUGUGUCUCCUGACAGCCACCUGGGCUUAUCUGAGAUGCUAGUUUGUCUGGGGUGGCCACCUUGUAACCAUCAGCAAGUAGAACUUGUCCCCAGUGCCUUCAUCUUGGCAAGAUCCUCUGUUUCUGCUUUGCAUGUAACGAACAUGCCAAGAGGAUGAGCAAUUCUGACACAGGCCUAUCUCUUGGUUGGGGGGUCACCUCCUUGGCUGUUCUUUCUCUUCCAGGUCACCCUUCUUUUUGCACCAGGGGAGAUGUGCAACCUGAGACCUCCCCCCCCCCAAAGCCUUAGGGGCAACCUCCAGUGCUUUUCCAAAAAUCGCCACCAAAUUGUCAUUUGGCAGAAGAAGGAAUGAAUAAAUGUGUGGAGUAACUGCUGUUGAGUUUACUUAAUGUCCUUGAUUUAAGUGCAAUCGAAAUUCAGUCCCGUUUAGGUUUUUACUUGGCCCCUCUCAUGUCUUUGUCCCGGGAUGCCCUCCCUGGAGUGUAACCCUUGGCUCGGAAAGGUUGCCCUCCACCCUGCUUGAAACACUGGCAACUCACUUGAGGCUUCCUUCCUUCUCCAUCUUGACCGGUGUUUCUCAACCUUGGCAACUUCAAGAUGCGUGGACUUCGACUCCCAGAAUUCCCCAGCCAGAAUUCUGGGAGUCGAAGUCCACGCAUCUUGAAGUUGCCAAGGUUGAGAAACACUGAUCUUGACACUUGGUGCAAUUAGGCCAAGGGGAGAGGUUCUUUCUCUUCUCUCUACCCCACCCCAUUUAACACCCUCCCAGCAGGUCUUCCCUUGAGGCCCUUCCUGCCCAGUCUUCUGUCGCCAUUGCAGCCGAGAGGGGAGAGUAGCUGCUGUUCGUCUUUCAUGUUGUCAUUACUUUCAUUUUGAAUGAUUUUUUCAUUUCGCACAUUGUACUUGAAAUUACCUCAGUUUCUUGUGACCUCAUGAGCUUUUUUGAGUUGGCUUUCUGUGCGGGGGGGGGACGAGUUGGGGUUCAUGGUUGAAAAGGCCACAAGGCAGGGCUGGAAGAGAGCAUUUGCACCCAGCACCCGUGUUUAAACACAGCCAACAAAACCCCACGGACAUUGUUUUCCACGUCAGCCUUCUUGUUUCGUGUUUAUUGUGCAUUAUUAUUAUUAUUAUUAUUAUUAUUAUUAUUAUUACUACUACUACUACUACCAAAAUGGGUGUUUGUUUUUAUGAUCCAGCCUGACAUGGCUCAGAGAUUAACUUGAAAAGCUACCUCUUUUUAAGUUGAUGUUGUUAUUGUUAGUUUCUUGUUCUUUUUUUUUUUUUGGCAGAUACAGAAGCACAGUUUUGCAAUAUUAGUGGGUGGGUGGCUUUGUAAAUUUCAUUUCAGUUUUCAUCUCAUGCUUUCUGUUUGCAAUUUUACAUUUUAUUUUGUAAUUUAGCUGCAUUUAUAUAUGGGGAGGGGGGAAUGUUUAGGGAAGAAAGUGUAGAUGGAAGAAAAGGAGAAUUUCAAAGGAUAUGUCUCUAUCCUGUUGCUCAACGCAUUUACCCUCCUAAAAUCUGACCCUGAUCCUUUCUCAAUGUUGGAAAAUAUUGAAGGCCUUAAAAAUGGGGGGAGGGGAGAUAAAAGAGACUCUGUCAUUGUGAAGUCCAGAGAGUUGACAAUUUAGUGAAAUAUUUAGCAAUGUGGUUAAAAAAAACCAGUUAAACUUGAAUAUGUGAAUAGUUAAGUAGAGUUUUGUUUAUAAUGUGAAAAAAAAAUGACAGCAUUCAAGGCAGAACUUUUAACGAACAAUAUGCAGUAAAUGUACCAGUGUGACAGUUGUCAGAGGUGGCCAUAUGGCCCUUCUGAUGUAGGCCCAACACUGUUGGGUGUUGUCUUUGUAAAGGGCGGGGGGUGUUGGAGGAAUCUUCCUCUCUUCCCCACCACUCACCAAGCUAAAAGUGUUGGGCUGAUAAAUUAUUUCAGAAGUGUAAUAUUUUUGUAACAUUUGUUAGUCUCUGUGUUGCGUUUUCAGCAGGAUGUUGUCCCCCUUUUGUAAUGUGAACAGGAAUAUGUUUGCGUGUGCGGGUGUGCGUUUGAAACCUAGUAUUAAAUAAUAAAUCAUGCAGUAUUGUUGUAAAGCGUCUGCCAUAUCAGAGGGUAUUAGAUUAGGGUGGGCGUCACGGCUUCUGAAGCACACUUGGGGAACGCGUUUUGGCCGGGGGUUCUCUGUGGGACCCUUUGCGCGCCCUGGACGGGACAGGUUGGAGUGGGGUGGGGAAAGACACUCGGCUGCUUUGAGCGAGCACACACCACAUCGAGAACCAUGCGGCGGGCUUGCAGGCGGUGGUUUUCCUCCCUCCCUCUCUCGGAAGGGUGGUUGGAAAGAGGUCCUCUGCCCACUGCAUGUGCCGGUCGAAGUGGUGUUUGAUCGGCGGCAGCAGGGUCGGUCGCUUUGGAGCACAAGUGUGGGGAACAGGGUGGGCUACAAGACUGGACCUGCACAAACCAGAUCUGAGUUCAGGGGGUUCCGGGGCUAGAUGCCCACGGGCUGCCUAGGGUCCCCCCUCCGCUCUGCCCCAGGAAAAACAGGCCGCUGCCGUUCCAGCACUCAGACGCAGGCGCCUGGCAGCAUGUUAUUCAGCCCUUGCCCCCCUGCAAAUCCACCGCUCUGGCUGGCCCACCGACACCUUUCCUUUGAUUUUAUUUUGCUUCCCUUUGCAAGUAUAUACUCCUGGCUGUCUGUGAUUGUUGCUUUGGGAAUAAAUUUCAGAAACUGAAAGCAUUAAGAUUAUUGUAUACAACCCCUUGCAGGUGUGUGUUUCGUGCGUGUCCGUCUGAUGGAGAAAUCUAACUUUGUGGCUGCUUUGUGGUGGGAAACAAGACCGGCGCUGCUUUAGUACGAUCCUCAACACAACUUUGGAAAAUGGCUUUUCCUUUUUUUUAAUCUUUGUGCCUGAAAAAGGAGUGUGUUUGUGUGUGUGUGUGUGUGUGUGUGUUGAUUUUCGCGCAUUUUUUAAAAAGGAAUAAAAUGCUGCAGUGCUUUCUUAAUGAUUUGGUACCUGGGGGGAUUAGGUAGGACUUGCUAGCUAAGGAAUGUCAUGGUGUGCUCCAUCUUUAUUUCUAGAAAGGAGAAAUUCUGGCUCCCCCAGUUCUCAGCCUCCAGUUCGCUGCCCUGCAGCUUCAGGGAUCCAGAAGCCUGGCACGGGUGGCAGGGGCUCUGUCCGUGCAAGGAAAGGUGGCCAGGUCACUUUGUGCUCCGGUCAUCCCAUCCUUAUUUGCCCCUUCCGCCCCAUUCUUCCCAUUCCUUCAGGGGGCUGCUGUUCAGUUUCAUAGCAACAUGACUUGCACAACCUGAGCAUGGGAGCUCCCCCGCCCCCCGGCAAAAAACUUUGAAAGACUCACCCAGAGCCCAUCCAAAAGUUGCCAAGUCUUGCUGUGUUGGUAGCAGCAGAGAAUUAGUAAAAGUGUGGUGCCUGGGUAAGUUCACCCCAUUAAGCGGUAUCAUUUCAACUCAAAAUAGCCCAAUGGGAUUUUUCUCCUGGCCCCGCCCACUUCUUCCUCCUGGCCCCACCCACUUCUUUCUGGCCCCGCCCUCCAGUCCUUAAAGGCUGCCAGAGGGCCAUGCUUUCCCUUGACUCAGAGAAAGCCGGGGUGGAGUGGGGCAGAGCCGAGACCGUGGGGCAAAAGAUGGUUGGGGUCUCCCGGGGCUGGAUGUUUGAGCAAGCCUUGACUCUCUCCUUACCAUGACCUCCCUCAGCACAGGGCUGUCAUUUUCUUGACAUGUCUCAGUAUUUGUUUGGCAAAUACUGAGUGUUUUUGCCAAACACUUAGUGUUAAAGGAUGCAUGUUUUUUUUUUUUUUUUUUGAGGCUCAGAAGCCAUGCUAAAUCUCCAUUUAUGUUCAUAGAUAGACCUGGGUAUGUAUGUGUAUGUAUAUGUAUAUGUAUAUACACACCUACCUAUCUAUAUCUGUCUAUAUAAAAUAUUUAUAUACAUAUAUAUAUAUAUAUAUAUUAUAGCACUGAGGACCAAUUUUGUCCUUCUGGACCAAGCAAAUUUAAAGCUUAUUCUUAAUUUGUCAUGUUUUGCUUAUCUCUUAAUGUUGUCCCUGCAGAAGUGCCAGUUUGAUUGCUUCAUGUUAAAAGAUAAAUCCUGUUUUAAUUGCUGUCCUGGCUCGGUCUACCUCAGCACCUCCUGUUAGCCUAACUUUAGAAGGUGCCAGUUUUUUGUUAUGUUCUGGUUUUAGUUUAUUUGUAAAAUGCUGUGUUGUGUAUAUUUUUUUCCCCUGUACAAAAUACUUUUCUGUUAGUUUCCUUGCAGUGCAGUUUGUGCUUCUUGUUAUAAGCUUCUCUAGAGUCUUAGAUGCAUUUAGGUUAAAAAUACACACGCACACACACAUGGACACCAUAAAUCAGUCCUCCCCCCCCCCCACCCCCCGAAGAAAGUUGUGAUGUCCCUUCCUAGUUGCCGUUCUCUACUUCUGCAUCUAUUCUGUAUGGCACAGGUGCAGUUCCCUGUAAACCUUCCAUGUUUCUGGCAAGGAAAAAAAAAUGACAAAAGGUUUUUUUUUCCAAAACAAUGUAUUGCUGCAGGUUUUUUUUCUCUCCAUUUGUCACUAAGUGAAGUUUGUGCCUUCUAUAGCAAAGAGAAUAUUUUUUACAUCCUACUAACAGUAGAUUUUUUUGUAGUGGACAUUUUUUGUAUUUUUAUUUAUAAGUCUCAUAAGGAAAAUAGCAAUGUUCAGUUGUAUACCUUGAAUCUGCAGUUAGGAAAAAAAAACAAUAAAGUUAAUUCAGUCGUU